GACGGCGUGGAAUCAACUCUCCUAUAGUAAGCUAAGCUCGGCUCCACCCAUCAUCUCCGUCAUCGUCUCAGUGCUGCAGGAAGCCAUCAGAGCUUCCUUCUCCGUUCUCUUCUUUGCAUCCACCUCGAGGUAGACGACGGCAGCGGCGGCGGCGAUGGCUGCGUCGACGACGGUGAGGAGGAUCAAGCUGGGGUCGCAGGGCCUCGAGGUCUCCGCGCAGGGGCUGGGCUGCAUGGGCAUGUCCGCCCACUUCGGCCCUCCCAAGUCCGACCCCGACAUGAUCGCCCUCAUCCACCACGCCGUCGGCUCCGGCGUCACCUUCCUCGACACUUCCGACAUCUACGGCCCCCACACCAACGAGAUCCUCCUCGGAAAGGCGCUGAAGGGAGGGGUGAGACAGACGGUGGAAUUGGCGACCAAGUUUGGAGUCAGCUUCGCAGACGGGAAGGCGGAGAUCCGGGGCGAUCCGGCGUAUGUGAGGGAAGCUUGCGAGGCCAGCUUGAAGCGGCUCGACGCCGAUUGCAUCGACCUCUACUACCAACACCGUAUCGACACUCGUGUCCCCAUCGAAGUCUCUAUUGGAGAGCUAAAGAAACUCGUUGAAGAGGGUAAAAUCAAGUACAUUGGUUUAUCUGAGGCCUCUGCGUCAACAAUCAGGAGAGCACAUGCUGUUCAUCCCAUCACAGCUGUGCAAUUGGAGUGGUCGCUGUGGACAAGAGAUGUGGAAGCAGAGAUCGUUCCCACAUGCAGGGAGCUUGGCAUUGGAAUCGUUGCAUACAGUCCUUUAGGACGUGGCUUCUUUUCUGUUGGCUCCAAGUUAUUGGAGAAUUUCACUGAGAACGACUUUAGACGGUCCAUACCAAGGUUCCAGCCAGAGAACUUCGCUCACAAUGCGAAGCUAUUCGACCAAGUGAAUGAAAUUGCGCAAAGAAAGAGAUGCACCCCGUCGCAGUUAGCCCUCGCCUGGGUACACCAACAGGGUGACGACGUCUGCCCGAUUCCUGGCACGACCAAGAUUGAGAAUUUCAACCAGAACAUUGGAGCUCUGUCCGUGAAGCUUACACCUGAAGAAAUGGCCGAGCUGGAAUUGAUUGCUUCUGCGGACAAUGUCAAGGGUGGCAGGUACCCAAGCAGCGUGCCUACAUGGGAAAACUCUGAUACUCCACCCCUUUCUUCAUGGAAAGCUGCUUAGGAAACAUGUCUGCUUGUGUUGCCGCAUCUUUUAUAUACAGAGUUUGAGCAUUUGCUGCUAAAGUAUUUUGAGGCUUGUGUUGUGUCUGUUAUAAGUACGUGUAUGAAGAGAGUGCUUAUUAUCCUGUAAUAAAAUCUGGACUUCAGAGAAUAA